UACAGGACUAAUCCCGCCCGCCCGCCAGUCUACAGGACACUAACACCUCCCCUGUAGACGGGACAACUUCCCCUUGACUGGAAUUUGAAGGGGAAUUGGGAAGAGGAAAGAUUUGGGGAGAGGGUCGCGAUGGCAAACUCGGGCUUUCAGCUGCUCGGCUAUUUCCUGGCGCUUGGAGGUUGGGUUGGUAUCAUCUCCACCACAGCGCUACCCCAGUGGAAACAGUCUUCGUACGCGGGCGACGCCAUCAUCACCGCGGUCGGACUGUACGAGGGGCUGUGGAUGUCGUGCGCGUCUCAGAGUACCGGGCAGGUCCAGUGCAAAGUCUACGACACGCUCUUACUGUUGGAGGCCCACAUCCAGGCAUCUCGAGCGCUAAUGAUCGUGUCUGUGGUCCUGGGAUUUAUCGGAAUCAUUGUCAGCGUGGUGGGAAUGAAGUGCACAAAAGUGGGAGACAAUAACCCACUGACCAAGAGCAGGGUUGCUGUCUCUGGAGGGGUCCUCUUUCUCAUGGCCGGACUCUGCACCCUGGUGGCCGUAUCUUGGUAUGCUACAAAUGUUUCAAAUGAGUUCUUUGAUCCUUUGACACCAGUCAAUGCCAGGUACGAGUUUGGGUCGGCUCUGUUUGUGGGGUGGGCAUCUGCGAGCCUCACUGUCCUGGGAGGAUCCUUCCUCUGCUGUUCCUGCCCCAAUGAAGAGAGAAGAAGUCAGGCCCACUACAGAACCUCUCAACUAUCAACAGCCAAAGAGUCAAAUUUAAAGAAAACAAUAUCUGUGAAGGGGGAGCAAUACUUGUAGCAAGUCAGUCCGGUUUCAGAACAAUGUCAUCAAUCUGACUGAAUCCUACACAUCAGCAAAUGUCUAAAUAGAGAAGAAUUUUAAAGCUCUGUGUCUUUACUAAGAAGGAGCUUUGGACAAUAUACAGGACAUAGUCUGGUCUUUGUUGCUGUUGCUUAUCUAUGGUAUGGAAUUAGAACUCGCUUGUAUUCUCUGGUUACAUGUGCAUAAGGAGACUGAAUUUUCAUGUAUACACGUUCACUCUUUGUACUGGAUGCAGGAAAGAAAAUAAAAAGCAAUGAAAUGCAUCUCAAUAUUAUUUUGAUACAGAAAUAAAAAC